CUAACUGCUCUCCUGCUUAGAAAUGGCUGAAGCUCCCCCACGGCCCUGCCGGUUUUUUUGUCACCGGUGUUCAGCAGAGAUUAGUCCGCGUUUACCGGACUACACGUGUCCACGCUGUGAAUCUGGUUUUAUUGAGGAACUGCCUGAUGAAAGAAGUACUGAAAAUGGAUCUGCAUCCAUGUCCUCUUCCACUGAUCAAAAUCGCCCAGCCUUUGAGAGCAUGGAUCACCAACACUUAUUCACAUUUCCCUCCGGGUAUGGUCCGUUCGCCCUUGGGAUUUUUGAUGAAAACUUCGACCUUCGAACGCGGCUGCCCACAGAGGACAACCGAGAGACCGAAAAUAGGAGAGAAAGGGAAAUGGCAUCGCGGCAACGAUACAGUGCUCGGCAACCGCGGGGUCGACAUGUUCCUCGGCGACAGGGUACGCGUCACGAAGGAGUGCCCACAUUAGAGGGAAUAAUUCAGCAGCUAGUAAAUGGAAUCAUAGCACCAACAGCCAUGCCAAAUAUCGGGAUGGGACCAUGGGGUAUGCUACAUUCCAAUCCAAUGGACUAUGCCUGGGGUGCCAAUGGACUCGAUGCUAUAAUUACACAAUUGUUAAACCAGUUUGAAAACACGGGUCCUCCUCCUGCAGACAGAGAAAGAAUAAAAAGUUUACCUACCAUUUCCAUUACAGAGGAACAUGUGGGUGCUGGUUUAGAGUGUCCCGUGUGCAAAGAAGACUACAGUGUUGAAGAGAGUGUUAGGCAACUACCAUGCAAUCACUUGUUUCACAAUGACUGUAUAGUACCGUGGCUGGAACAGCACGAUACGUGUCCUGUGUGCAGGAAGAGUCUUAGUGGACAAAACACAGCCACAGACCCACCAGGGUUAUCAGGAAUGAACUUCUCUCCUUCUUCCUCCUCCUCUUCCUCCCCGAGCUCACCUAGCAACGAAAAUGCUGCCAGCAACUCUUAGAUUUUCACGACCACCUCACAUCCGAAAACAUCACACCCGACUGAGACCCAACAGCUUCUCUCUACAGCUGAGACCGGGACAGUUUUCUGUCUCAGUUCUAGGUGACGAUGAGUCGAGGUGAACUCGGAAUCUGUUGCAGACUAUUAGUCAUCAUUCCUCCCCCUGUGCUGAACGGACGCUGGGUCCAACUCCUGCUGCUAUUGUUACCGAGUGUAUGAGGAGGUGAGACUGAGUUAGAAGAGAAUCCAGGAAGGAUGUGAAAUAUAAUAAAAACAAGUGGGAUUGUGACCAGACGUGGAGCAGAGUUUGAGUCAGAGUGGACUGCUUUUUUGAUGGAAAUAUGUCUUUGCCAUGAGGCUGGGACACAUUUUUAUAUUUACAAGACAAGAUGCUCUUUUAAAACAUUGCCUGUGGUGGUGCAGAGUCCAUAGAUGUGUAGAUAGAAAAUUCAUUUUAAACUAUCAGCCACUGUACAGCUAAUGGAUCAAGCUAAAACCUUGCGAGAAAGAAACUAAGAGUAUGCAUCUGAUUUUUUUAUUUAUUUGCACCUUUAUUUUGCACAAAAUUAUGUCUGAUGUUGAGAAUGUGAAUCUGGGUAAACUACUGAACAAAAACAAGCAGGAUUUUUUUUUUCAGCUUUUUGCAUUAAAUAAGUCUUUUAGGACACAUUUGUUCUUAAAAAAAAAACAAUUAGAAUCUCUUUUUAUUAGAGCUUAAUCAUGGUGUUUUUGAUGUGACAAGGUAAAGAUCAUGACAGCUCAGAAGUGGGCAUAAUUUUUAUUCCUCUAGUGAACAAUUUCACAAGCCUGUGUGUUUAUUGAACCCUUACCCAAAACACAAAUUGAGCAAUAUAAAAGAAAACAAACAAACAAACAAAAAAGACAACAAAGGAAAGGGAUCAUCUUACCUCUAUGGAACUGGCCAAAUGUGUUUCACAAACAAAGUGUUUAUUAUUUUAUUUACUGAAUUUUUGUACAGUCACAAUAAAGUGCUAAAACCAACUGA